AUGGAGACCGGCAAUUUGAUGGAGCGGAUUAAAGCACUGGAAGCCCGCUUGGAAGAGUAUGAGAGACCCAGCGGACCUGAUUUUUCCCCGGCUGAGGCACUUGUCAGGAGAAACUCGGCAGGCCGCACAGAUAUAUCGGAUAUUGUGCAGGACAAAGUUGUUCGUCUUACGCUGCCAACGGCUGCCAACACGAUUCCUAAAGUCCGCGAAUGUAACUUUCUGGAGUUCAAAAACCGGUUCGUUGACGGGUUUCACGGCCACUAUGCGGUCGACGCCUUGGUCUCCGGCCGUCUGCUGGAAGAGGAGAUACUCGAGGAACAGAGGUUCCGUGAGAGACGCACUGCCGCUCGAAAAGAGACCUCGCGCGACGAAAAGAAGGGGACGGCCAUCCUUAAGGCGGAAAACCAGCAAAAUGUAGACGCAUUCCAAAAUGCGCAGACGGAAAAAUGGAUUCGCAACGUCCGCCUUCAGUCGCCUGCUCUUCUCAUGAUCAUGUCCAAGACCCAAGGCGAGCCUUGGUCGAAUCGGCCGCGUACGUACGAGCGGCCCUUCACUUCCUUGUUUUACUUUCACAAUAAAAUGAAGGAGGCACUGGCAGAGCUCGAGGACCACUGGGCUCAUUGCCUCGACACGGAUUCAUCUCCCGACAUGGAUGCAUCUCCUGACAUGGACUCAUCUCCCGACACAACGAUUGUGAAGGCGCCGGACAACACGCAAGACGCUGGCAGCGAUAGCGACGCCGGCGAGGCCAUCGAUGACUGUCCAGCGGCACUGGCCGUUAUGCGCGCCUACGUACGGUUUGUCGAAAAGCGGCUGAUGCCCGACUACAACCAUUUCGUUGACCUGGAUUUCUCCAGCAACGCACAAGUGCGCUUUACAGACCUCUGGUACCUGUUUCGCACAGGUGAAUUCAUAUACCGACCUUUAGAAGGAGGUCUGGCAAGGCAGCAAUAUUUUCAGACAGGAAAGCGGAUCUGGAAAACAUACCGUAUCGAACCCUGCGCAGUGCAGUACCGUCCUACUCCAUCGGAUCAUGGAGGAUAUGAAACAGACGACGAAGAUAGCGCAGACUUCAUCAUACGCGCAUACUAUCUCGAAUACACGGGCGAGGAGUUUUGCCCGGCUGUCACAUCGUUCCGAAUCAUACCGUAUGAAAACUCUGUUCCUGUAUCCUCCCUGCCUGUCUUCCCCAUCCGUUUUCUCCCAAACUGGCAAUCCGUGCUGGGGGAUUCCCAGGAAGAUGGCAACAAAGCUUUGCACUACAUCGAGACAAAGCAUGCGUCGUAUAGUGGUUGGAGUGUGAUACGAACUCCUGCUGGAGAUGAAAUGACAGAUGCAAGCGGUGAAAAACUGAACCGAGCCGAGCAUAUCAACGGCGAUGUUAUGGUGGACUUUUCUGAAGCUUUCCAAGCCUGUCCCCAUUGGAAGCCCACGCGAAAGGUACUUCGACCGGAGAAAGCCGUGCCCAAGAUCGUGUCGGACGAGUUUCCCAUUAUCUGGUGGGCAAACAAAAAUCGAAUCAGGCCUCUCGCCGAGAUCACCGAGAUUGUACCGCUCGUCACGGGGGUGCACAUGCGGCAGCAGAACGAGUUCCUGCUGCAGGAUCGCCUGCUUUCGAAGUUGAUCGAAAACGACAACCGAGGGAAGCUGUCGACAGCAAAGUACCUGCGGGAGGAGGACAAAUGCCUGCUUGCAGGCCGCGUCUUCGGCUACGUCUUCCAAGAGCGCAAGUUUGUUGGGCUGGAGAUCCUGCGGAUGUGGCAGUCUUCGGGCACACGAGACGCGCUCGACUCACUCAGGAUCCCGGCGAAGACCAAGGACUUGAUACAGAGAUCCGUCCAGGGCCACCUUUUGCAGAAGAGCAUGGAACGACUAGACGGACAGCAGCAAAACCUGGACAUGAUACACGGCAAGGGGGGCGGGCUCUUCAUCCUACUGUAUGGCGUUCCUGGUGUCGGAAAGACGGCGACAGCGGAGGCAAUUGCCCAGGCAAACGGCAAGCCUCUCUUCAAAAUCACCUGUGGCGACCUCGGAUUGACGCCCGACAAAGUCGAGAUGUCGCUGAAGGAGAUCUUCCGGCUCGCCGGCGUAUGGGACUGCAUCCUUCUUCUCGACGAGGUCGACACCUUCUUCUCCUCUCGGUCCAAAGGAGAUUCUGCCAUGCAAAAGAACGCCUUGGUCUCAGUCUUCCUCAGCAUAAUGGACUAUUACACUGGCAUCCUGUUCCUGACGACGAACCUCGUCGGCGCACUCGACGAGGCCUUCAAGUCCCGCAUCCACUGCAAGAUCAACUACCGGGCACUGUCGAAGCAGCAGACGAUCGAGAUAUGGGAGAACAACAUCAGGCGGAUGCGGUGGCUGGAUGAAGAGCAGCGCAAGGUCGAGAGCAAGAUGCCGCUGGAGAUCCCAGAGUCAGAUAUCAUGAGGUUUGCCAGAGAUCAAUACGAUGAAUUAAACCGCCGGAAGAGGACAGGAGGCAUAGCGAAUAACGGUUGGAAUGGCCGUCAGAUCCGCAACGCCUGCCAGAUCGCGAGGAGCCUGGCUUAUGCGGACGCAGCCAAAGAGGAGGAGGACAUCCGAAAGCGCAGUUCUGUUGAGGGCGUACCGUUGCCAGCUCGAAUGCCGGGGCCGCGACUGCAACUUCGGCACUUCUGCAUCAUCCGAGAUAUCUCGGACUCGUUCGACAAGUACAUGGUCGAAGCGCGUGCCGGGAUGACGGACAGCGAAGUAGCCCGUGAGAACGAGGUGCGAGCGGAUCAUUAUGUCGAUACCUGGACGGCCCAGGCGACUGCUGAUAGCGAGGAGCUUGAAGGCUACAACGACGGCAGCAGCCUUGGUCAUGGCCGUCAAAGGCCUUAUUUCGACGCCCGGCCUCGUCCCCCGAACAGUCCUGCCAUCGGACAGGGUCUUCGGGGCAACGGCAGCAAUGGUGGUUUCUACACCUACCAGGAGGGCAGGGCCCCCCAGAAUCGACAGUCCCCACUGCUCACCACACCUGCCAAUGGGCCUUCGAUCAUGUUCUCCAGCAGCGAGCGUGGUGAGUAUGAGCGGCAGCUUAGCCCACUGGAAGCGAGCCCGCGAAUGGUCGCCAGUCCCUUUCAACCGCGUGGGAGAGACUCUACGUUGAGACGUGGCGAGUACGAGUACGAACCAGAAUACGGCAACAGCAGGAAUUCGUACGGAAAGCGGGAAAGGCUUAGUGAUGACAAUGGCCCAGUGGCGUGA